GGCGCACUGCACUUUAUUUCCGUUACAGUUUUAGCGAACGUCAAGCGCGAUGCUGUCGACAGUGGUUGUUGCGUGUUCUUUAAUUUUUCUAGCUUAUGGAGCGCAACUGAAGCCUAGAUUUGAAUACAAAUACAGCUUUAAAGGACCUCACUUGACUCAGAGCAACAAAAGCAUUCCAUUCUGGGACUACGGAGGAGAUGCCAUUGCUGGAGAUGAUAACAUUAGAUUAGCCCCCUCUAUAAGAAGCAAGAGAGGUUGGGUCUGGACAAAUCUGAAAACUACCUUUAACCAAUGGUCUGUAGAAUGUGUUUUCAAGGUCACUGGGCGAGGUCGUGUUGGUGCAGAUGGACUGGCUGUGUGGUUUACAGAGGACAAAGGUCAGGAGGGACCAGUUUUUGGAAACCAGGAUAUGUGGAGGGGACUAGGUGUGUUCAUGGACUCCUUUGAUAAUGAUGGACAGCACAACAAUCCAUACAUUAUGGCAAUGGUAAACGAUGGAACUCAACAGUAUGACCACCAGAGUGAUGGCUCCCAGCAGCAGGUUGGUGGAUGUCUGCGUGACUUCAGAAACAAGCCAUACCCAAUCAGAGUGAAGAUAGAGUACUACAAUAAAAUCCUUACAGUAUUUGUAAACAAUGGUCUGACCAAUAACAAGGACGAUUUUGAGCUUUGUCUGAGACAGGAGAACGUUAACCUCCCAGACAGUGGCUACUUUGGUAUCACUGCCGCUACUGGUGGACUAGCAGAUGACCAUGAUGUACUGGCCUUCCUUACCCAUUCUCUACAUUCCCAAGACGAACAGCCAGCCAAUCAGGUGCCGGAGCAGGAGAGACAGAAAUAUGAGAAAGAGUUUGACGAUUAUUACAAAGAACUGGAGCAAGCUAAAGAAAACUACCAAAAACAGCACCCAGGAAAACAUCCAGGGGAAUUUGAGUCAAUGUUUGAAGCACAAGAAGACCGAGAGUUGAGGAUGAUUUUUGACGGACAGAAUGAAAUGCACAACACGCUGAAGGAACUGAACAGGAAGUUAGACGAGCUGAUGGGAAGACAGGAAAUGGUUCUGUCUCGAGUCAGUCAGCUGACCGGUGGAAACGUCCAGGUGUCACCGGGUGGAGGAGCCCCUCCCAUUAUUCCAGAAUCAAUCAAACGUCAUGAGGUGGAUCAAGUGCUGAACAACCAGGCUCAGAUCAUGAACGACGCCAGAGAUAUCAAACAAGUGAUGUAUGAUGUACAACAGAGAGCUGGUACGAUCCAAGGCAGUCUGGGUGGUGGAGGUGGUGGAUCUCAGGGGGGCGGGGGAAUCCCUCAAGAUAUACAAAGCAUUAUAUAUAAACUACACGAGAAUAUGAACUAUGUUAGGUCAGACCUGUCCAAUGUUGCCAAUAGACCACAGGGACAGAUGAAUUGCCCAGAGGUCCAGGCUAACUGCGUGUCUCCCAUGUUAUUUUUCCUGGCUAUAGGUUUACAACUUCUAUUCAUAGUUGGAUACAUGGUUUAUAGAUCUAACAAGGAAGCUCAAGCCAAGAAAUUUUACUAGGUUCUAUUUUACUAGGUUCUAUUUUUUUUUUUUUAAUUAAAGUUAUAAGUUUUGAAAAGAUAAGGUGCAUUUACAGUAUGGAGAGAUUGUGAAGUCCAACAAGAACAAUAACUGAGUAUGCAAGAGUUAUCUUUCUUAUUAUUAACACCCACCUGAACUUUGAUUAGAGUGAAGCUUGGUGGAUUGUUCUUGUAAAUCUGAAGCUAACUAUAUCCAUUAAUUUGUACAUUUAAUAAAAACGUAUUUAUUCGCAGAUUGUUGUCAUGCAGUCCAAAUUGGCCAAAUGUAAAAUUUACAGUGAGAGUAAAUUUUUCAGAACUGUGGUUAUUGUUUGUCAUAAAGAAGAUGAAUGUCUCGUUUUUAAUUUUUAAUUGUUACUAGCUAAGAAAUUUUGUUGGCUGUACUUAUCAAGUCAUUGUAUUGAUAUCAAGAGCCUUUAAAAAAUAUAUAUAUUUAAAAAAGUGCAAUUUCCAAACAGAUUUAAAGCAAUUAUGGAUGUUGUGAAAAUUAUAUGAUGUAUAUACUAAAUACUUAUGUUAAAUGUUGAUCUUUUUUUAGGUCGUAUUUUAUAUUUGUUGCAUUUUUGGAGCUGUGCCAUUAUUUAAAAUCAAUGUGCCCGGCGGCUAGAUAUGAUCUGGUAUUUAUAGGUAUCUCUGUAAUGGAAGAUGAUUCAGAAUAAACCCAACUUGACAUAGAUUUUUUUUAAAAAAUUAUCCUGAUAUUAAAUUCAAAAUAUCUCAUCUUCUUAUCUAUAAAUUAAUCAUGGAUUCAAUACCAAACUUUACUUGUUAUAAAUUUGCUGUACAAAUUGAAUUUUUUUCUAUAAGUUGUAAUUUUUUUUUUUAUUUGAGAACUUGCACAACAAAUUUUUAAAAUUGUGAAAAUGUAUGUAUGUAAUUGUGUGUGUAUAUAGGAAGUGAUUUUUAAGACCUAUAUUUUUAACAUUCCAUGUUAGAACUUAAAUACCAUCAAUGUCUCUUGUUUUCAAAGCCAAUGAGAAAAUCUAUAAUUAUUUUUGUUGCAUCAGGUAUGAAUUGUGUGGAAAAAAGUUGUUGUCAGUUUUCAUAUUGCUUGAAUAGUAAUGUUUGAUGCAUGUGAUAGAAAAGUGUGCUGUCAUGUGGCUAUAUGUAUAAAUUUUCAGAGUAGCAUUUACAUUUCAUGUUUUUAUGAAACCACCAGCUUAGUAAUAGUGAAAUAACCCAAGUAUGAACUGAUAUUUAUAUAUAAUCCAUAACUAUACAAACUUUGUGGAGUCAUUGUGUACCAUUGUAAUUUCUCAUAUUUGUUCAGCAUUAAAGAAAACAUUAUAAAAAAGCGACAUUUUUUAAAAAUCAUUUUAUAGAAAAAUUAAAUUAUUCUAAGAGUACAUGUAGAACAAAAUGUACAUGUUUAUGAAAAGAGCUUAUGGAAUUUCGACAUUUUAUCUAGGAUAGUCAGUAGAUUUGGUGCUAAUUAGCUGUGCUUCCCACCAGUUUUUCGAUAUUUUUUCAUCAGUAAAAUUUAUAUGAAGACCCUAGCAAUAUCAUUUUUGCUCCGAGGUUCUUCAAGAGGUACCUAAGACUUUGUGGUACCAAAAUUUCCCAAGAAGAUGCACAUGUCCUUUAGUUUCUCUGCUAAGGUUACCCUCACAGGUAUACUAUCUGAUAAAAAUACAGGAAGUUCUCAUUUAUAAUACAUGUAUUUAUACAUUUCCACCCUCCCUCAUUAUAUACUGUAUGUAGGAACCAUUAAAAUCAAAGCCCUGGUUUUUGUAUUGAAAAUAUUAUACAGAUCUUUAGUUCAUGUUCUAUGUUUUUUUGUCCUGUACAGCCUUCCAUACUUUGAUACCUCUUUAACUCCCCCUCCCCCCCCCCCCCCAUUGUUGCCCUCUAGUCAUGGUGUUCAUUAGUCAGUGAGUCUGGAGAGUGUCUGUGCUAUUUUUACCUGUGUGUGUGUGACAUGUCUGUCUGUUAUAUUGUAUAUGUCUUCAUCCAUGUCUGGUAAAUGGUUUAUAUUUAUUAAUAAAGAAAUGUAAAAUGUCA